AUGGAUGUUGAGACUGUUCCCUCAAUUACUCAAGUUGAACAAAUAAUAGACCAACUCUAUGGAAGUUUUGAUCCUCAAUAUCAGAAAUCUGCUCAAGAAUAUUUACAUAACCUUCAAAAACAACAACACGCCUGGGAAUUAGCAUCUCAGUUAUUAGCUUCCCAGUCUGUAAAUUCUCGAUUCUUUGGAGCUCAUACCCUUCAAAUAAAACUUUCUAGAGACUGGAAUACUUUAUCACCAGAAAAAAGAGAAUGGAUUCAUAAGAUUUUACUUGGAUGGAUUGUACAUCUUUCUAAUGGUCCUAAUGUUGUUAUUACAAAACUUUGUUUGGCUGUAACUGUACCUGACAUUUGGCCAAAUUUUAUACCUAAUUUUUUUGAAAUUUUACAAUCGAGCGCUUUAGCUGCCACUUCUUCACAAAACGAAGGCGUGACUUUAUUUGUUGAAAUACCAUUAUUGGAAUUCUUGACAGUUGUACCCGAAGAAGUUUCAAGGGCUGAUUUAAUUGGUGAUCGAAAAGCCAAGGUCAAUCAAGAGCUUAUUAAUUCUAUACCAAUUGUUCUUUCAACUUUGAGAAAUUUGUUGGCAGAUUAUCAUGGAGAUCCUGAUCGAAUGUUACUGUUGAAACAAAAAAGCAUACGAUGUUUACAAAGUUGGAUUAUUUACGGCGUUCCAUUUGAAUCAUUGCUUCCAUUAAUUGAUGAUGUAAUUAACCUUCUUCCAAUCGAAUCAACAAAUGACUUAGCAACAGAAGUUUUGGUUGAAUUCAUGUUACAACCACAUAGCAGAUCAUAUCAGAAUACUGUAUGUGAAAAAAUGCUUUGUUGCAUGACAAGUGAUUGGGCAAAGUCUCAAAUAACUAAAUCAAUAAAUGAAUCUGAUGAAGCUUCAGCAAGAAAUCUUUGUCGAAUAAUGACAACAUUUGGUGAAAAUUUUACUGAUUAUAUUGCCAUUCAUUUUUUACGUGAAGAUAUUAUUAUUUAUUUGGAAAUGAUGUUGAUGUUUGCUGGAUUUCCUGGAUAUUUUGAAUCAUUAUUUGAUUCUGAUGUUAUCCCAAUUCAAAUUAAUAAAAUCAUUGAAGAUGAGGAAGAAAAUGAAUUUAAUUCUUCCGCUGCCACCAAACAAAACCUUUCAACAAAUACUAUGGGCAUUGAGCAAGCUCAAAAAAUACACGAAGCUUCUUUGGUUGUUUACCAACGAUUGAUUGAAGUAUUAAAAAUGAAAGUUCAAUAUCCUCCAGAUUUAGAAUGGGUUGAGUGGGUUAAAGAUAUGAAAGAAAGAUUUAAAAAUUAUCGUAGAGAUGUUGGUGAUACCAUUAUGAAUUCUUAUUAUAUAUUAAGAGGAAGAAUGCUUGCAUAUUUAAUUAAUCUGUUAAUUAAUCAGUUGAAUACAACCGGAAGGGAUAUUACUCAAUGGCAGGAAAUAGAAGCGGCAUUAUUUUGCUUAAAAUCUAUUUCAGAAGUUGUUGAACAUGAUGAAAAUGUUUAUUUACUGCGUCUAUUUAAUACAGAUGUUUUUGGUAAUUUACCUAUACAAACAAAUGCAAGAAUAAGAAAUACCGCCUUAUCUCUGAUUGGCUCUUACGCAGAAUGGUUUAAAGUUCAUUCUCAAUACAUAUUACCAGCUCUUAAUUACUUGGUACCAGCAUUGAGUGAUUCUGAUUCAGCAUUUACCGCUGCUAAUUCUUUUAAAGAAAUUUGUGACACAUGUCGUAAUUCUUUGGUUGAUGGCAUUGAUAAUUUAAUUAAUAUGUAUGUAGUGGUCGGAGCUCAUAUACAACCUAGAGAUAAACAAAAAAUUAUCGAGUCAAUAGCAGAUACAAUUACAAGUGACAUUAUUAAAACAACAAAAGAAAUUAUAUUACAUGCCAAACAAAAUCCAUCACAAUUUCAUGACAUUAUUAUAACUCAAUUAGAAUAUUUGACAGCAUGUGCUUCCUCUGAUGUGAUAAAAUCUAAUGAUGAGGUUUUAAUUUCAUUCCAGGCCAAAGGACUUACUGAUUCAUUUUCAGAAAUUGUACAAAAUGUUGCAGAAGUUUGGUAUAAUGAUAACGAAGUUAUAAAUUGUCUUUGUAAAUUUCUUAAUACCGGAAUACGUACAACUUUAAAUUUAUUUUCAAUACCUAUCGAAGUAAUUGUGCCGUUAAUUCAAUUAUCAUAUCAAAGAUAUCCACAUUGUUAUUGGUUGGAUACAACAGUUCAAACUGUAACAGUUUAUGGAGUUUCAUUUGAGUACGAGUCAACAUUAAGCAAAUUAUUAUUAUCUAUUACAACCACAACUUUUCAAUUUGUUAAAAACAAAGCUGGUAAAUUCUAG